UGCGGAGAUGUGCUGGCUGGCGGGCGGGCGUGCCGCAACUGUCACUACGGUCGUAUAAAGUGAAGCCCUGCUGCCGCCCCUCGUUCGUUUCUGCUCCCGACAAGUCUGCGACUUCGACGUACACCCAGUCAUUCCUUGGAAAAGCACUCUCUUUCCAAACACACUCAUUUGCAACCCAGCUCCCCUAAGGGAACUAUCCACAUUCGUUUCUUAGCGAUUUUUGCUCAGCGGCUAGACCCUCGUCCACCCACACACUCUACCUACAAAACCUACCUACGUUUUUGCCAAUCCCAGUCGAAAGUACUCGUCCUCAACUGUCAAAAUGCACGCCAUCGCGACUCUUUCUCUCCUCGCCCUUGCGGGCUCCGCUCUCGCGGCUCCGGCGCCCCGCCAGCACCGUGGACCCAAGAUUGUCUACGAGACCAAGCUCGUCACAGUCAUCGUGACUCCCGGUCAACCUCACCCGACCCCGGCUCCUGAGCCCCAGCCAGAGCCCUCCUCCCAGGUCGUCGUCCCCACCACCACCGUCGUCAAGGUCGAGACCCCGAGCGCCCCCGCGGCUCCCCCGAGCAGCGCUGUUGUUGAAUCCUCGGCCGCCCCUGUCGCGACCGCUCCCGCCAGCACCGGCUACAUGGCCAUUGUCGACGAGUGGCGAGCCAAGCUCGGCCUAAGCAAGCUCACCGAGGACUCCCAGCUCGCGGCCAACGCGGAGCGCACUUGCGCCGAGGGCAACGGCCAGAUGGUGCACCAGCUCUUCAGCGGCUCCAUGGCGCAGGUCCUCGCUCCCGGCGGCCCGGAGGACUUCGAGCACGUCUUCGUCGGCGGCUGGCUCUGCGAGAGGCCCGACAUGGCCGGCAUGGACGGCAUCUGCGCUACCGCGUCCGAGGGCUGGGCGUACGCCGGGCAGACUGGCCACGCGGACAUCCUCACCUCGCCGUCGUACAGUAAGAUUGGCUGCGGCAACGCCGGCGGCAUCUGGGGCUGCGAUUUGGCAUAGACGAGGAGGUGCAAGAGAAAGAGGUCGGGAUACCUAAAACGUUUUUUUCUUUGGAGAGGGCCAAGCGCUGACGCGCUAAGAUUCUGUUCUUGUACUGUACGUUGUUUGUACGCUUCUUGUCCAUAGCGGCGCGCUUCCGCUGCAAUUGAUGCAUUUUCACGACUGUCAUCUCAUCUGCGUCUUCUUCGCUUCCUCGAGUGACCUACGAGCUGUGACGUUUCUUGCUGCAUGGGCGCCUACUUUUAGCCAGCUGACUGGAGCAGUGAGUCGCUAAUUUCGCAGCGCGACGAAUGACGGCAGUGGGCGCUAGCAUAUGUGCUGCGGCGUCGCCAGACAAAUUUGCAGCUGCUGUACCUCCGUCAG